AUGGCCCAUCCCACCUCUUACCGCCAAAUCCUUGACAACAACCGCGACCAGUUCGAGCUCCUCAUCCAGCAUGGAGACUACAAACCCUUCUACCUGUGGCAUCUCCUUGUCUUCACCGCUCUUCCUUUAUGCGGUCUGUUGAUAUCCCGGCGGCGUGGAGCGCGAUAUCUUCGCCCCGUCGUCUUUGCUCUUAUUCUCGGGACAGCCGUUGAUGUCAUGCGACACCGGCGUGCGCUGUUGGGAGCGAAUGGUUAUAUGGGAGGCUUGGUGACAGCCUGGUGGACUAUUUGGAGUGCGACGAUUCUAAUCUUUAACGAUGCCGAAAGAGAUUUCGAGCGAAUAGAGAGGCGCUCGUGUAACGCAGCGGGUCCGGACAAAGCGCGGACACCAGACGACGAAAAGAAGCCCCGGCCCAGUGACAAGGUCGCGAAUGGUCACAUCCUCAAGGCAAAGCAAUAUGCAUCCCAGCGGGAGUCAGAGACCCUCGCCUGGCAGCCGUAUCCCCGCGCAUUCCUGCACCGUCUCAACUGGGCGUUGGGCCUGCUCUUCAAUAUGCGAGGUCCAGAAUGGAACUGGCGCAUAUCCACCUUGGAUCCGUUGCCUGACUCGCUACAGAGGCAAAGGUCUACCAGAAAUAGGCAGUCCGUCCGUGAAGCAAUGAAUGAGACCGGCCAUGAGCCCGACGCACGAGCGCGUCUGAACGCCAUCCUCCUCAACUUCCUCAAGCACUACCUCCUCCUGGACCUGGUCAAGGUUCUCAUGAUGCACGACCCAUACUUCUGGGGUCUUGUCUCGUCGGCCCCGGCCCGCCCAUUCCCUUUCACCUACGUCCCACUCCCGACUAUUCCCGUCAUCCUCGUGCGUCUCUACCGAGAAAUCCUGAGCGUACUCGGCAUCUACGCCGCUCUAAGCUUCGUCACCCCCCUCAACCCCAUCAUUUUUCUAGGCCUCUCGCUCGCCUUCCCCAACGCCUCGCGCGCCCUCACGCGCGUCCCACUGGAUGCUCCCUGGCUCUACUCCGACCCCUUCGGCCCUCUUGCCGGCCCCUCCCUCGACCAUGGCCUCACAGGCUGCUGGAGUCAAUGGUGGCACCAACUCUUCCGCUUCGGGUUCACCUCCACCGCCAGGUUCCUCCUCUCUCUACUCCCCAAACACCUGGCAGCACGCCCCAGCAUCCGACGCACCGUAACGACCGUCACUGCAUUCUUCCUCAGCGGCCUCGUCCAUGCCUGCGGAAGCUACACCCAGUUCGCCGAGACGAGGCCCCACGCCCAUUUCGUCUUUUUCCUCCUGCAACCUGUUGGGAUCAUGAUCCAGAACCAGCUUGCGCGGUCUAUCAACGCCAGGUACCGCUUCUCGCGGCCCAUCAGACGCACCGCUAAUGGGAUGUUUGCUUUCUGGUGGCUGUUUUUCUCCAACGGACCGAUCGUGGAUGAUUUUGCCCGCGGCGGGCUCUGGUUGACGGAGCCGUUGCCCAUUAGUCCGCUACGUGGGUUGGGGCUCGGGGCGAAGGGCGAGGGGUGGUGGUGUUGGGGGGAGCCGUGGUUUCGAUACUGGGAUGGGGGGAAGUACUGGGAGAGGGGGUUGAGGGUUUUAUAA